CUUUCUGAAGUAAUGGACGUUGAGACAGUUUUUAGGUUUUGCGAAUUUUGUUUAUACCUUCGUGAAUCGCGCUUGUAAACUUUUGUUAUUACUUUUAAAAUCUUUCCCUUAACACAAUUAUGUAGUGCGCGUAUUAAAUAUCGUCUGUUUUAAUGCGGAACACUUGUUUUCUCUAUCGUUUGUGCCUUCAACCAUUUUAUGCCAAUUGAUUUUGUGCUACCUAACAAUUUUCCAUAGGUUUUAUUGUUUUGAACAAGUUUAUUUGUUGUUAUUUCUUAAUUUGGACUAAUGACAACCGAUUAUAAGUAUUAAUGUGCAAGUUUUGUUAAUUCAUAUACGGUGUAUAUAACUUUAUAUGUGUUUUUCAUAAUAAAAUGGUCUCUAUGCUUUUGUAACAAUGGCACUGUGUGAAAGUCAGUUAGGAUCUAUGAUGCAGCUUCAGGAUUCCCGUGAGGGGACCAGUUCCUCUGACAAGAAGCCCAAGGUAGAAUCAAAUGGAGAUAUCUAUGGAUUGGAUAAAGUUCCUCCACUUCCACUGAGUGUGGACUAUCGCUCCCCUGUGUCUCAUUUUGUUCCACCGGCUGUAGAAUUGUAUGCAGCCAGACACAAACCCGAAAUAAAUAUUGUUGCGCCGGCGACGCCCGUCAAGCGUAAGCGCGGUCGGCCGAGGAUCGAUAAGACCAGCCCGGAGUACUUGGCCAAUUUGGCCGCGAGAAAACAGGCCAGGGAGAUGGCCGCAGUCAUGUCCGUAAAUAGUAACAGCAAUAGCAAUAGUCAGGGGGACUCGGCCGAGAAGAGAAAGAGAGGGAGACCGCGCGUCGACAAGACGAGUCCGGAAUAUCUCGCGAGGAAAAGGGCUCGGGAGCUGGAAGCAUUGGAACGGAAAGCGAAAAAAGAAUUCAGACGGAGGAACACGGCAGCGAAAUCCAAAAGCUCAUUGGCGACGAGGGUCAAAAAGACCAAUCAUAGUAAAAUGGGGGGUGUGAGGAAAGCGGGUGAGAGAACCCCCUCGAAGGUGGUGAGGAAAAGUGAUGUGGGUGUGAGGAGGAAUGCGAAAUUUAUUAAAAGAAAAGAUUCAGCGGCCUCUUCGUCUGCGGGAGAAUCCACGCCUAGAGUUAAAAGAAAAUACACGAAGCGGACGCCCACUAAGAAAGAUGGGAAUUCCUCAACGGAUAGAGUGAAAGGGAAGAGAGGCAGACCCAGAAAGAUCGAUCAGAUGAACCGGAAUCCACAGGAAGGAAAAAUACGUGUUCGGAACAACCUGAUGCCACUAAACACGGAGCCCAUUCCGGUCGACAGUGAUGAUGAACCAGAUUUGGGAUCUCCGAGUCAGGCGUCCGAUUCGUUAAGUCUGGACGAGAACCUUCGUGCCUUGAGACAUAUACACGAGAAAUACGCCAAUAUUGAUAAGAUGAAGCUUUUGCAGGAUGAUUUGUAUGAGGCUCACCUCCUGGCUGCGAACUUCAAGAAGCCGCCCGUGGACCAAGUUCAGCGACUGACGAGGGAAGACGACGACGUACUCUCCGUUCGGAGCUCGGAAGGUGGAGCGUCCGUCAAAGAAUUGGAGACGAGAGUGGAAAAGUUAGAGGACAGUUCCAAUUCAGAUUCCGGGAGCAGCAGUUCUGGUUCUGGCAGUUCCAGUUCCGGCUCCAGUUCGUCGUCCAGCUCGGACAGCUCCAGUUCUAGCAGCUCGGAGAGCGAAGGAGAAGAGGAAAAGGGAGAAGAGAAGGAGCCCACCGAGCUCAACUCCUUGGAGAACACCAACGAUGAAAGAUCUUUCGGCGCCUGGUCUCACGGCCAAUCUGCCCAAUCCGGGACCAACUCCGACUCCGGGUCCGAUUCGGAUCCCGAGAGGGGCGGCAUUCCGGGGCCGAUUCCCGCGCAAGACGAGAUAAGCGAGAGCGAGAACGAGUCGGCCGAUAAAAGUUUUCAGUGUCAUAUUUGCAAGAAGUGGUACUCCACGCGGGUGACGCUCAAGAUCCACCGACGCGGCCACCAGUCGCGCGGGGGCGGAGGCCGGUCCCGCGCUCGGUCGUCGGACAAGUACGAGUGCGACUGCUGCAGCGCCACCUUCACCAGGAAGGAGAAGUUGUGGGAGCACCGGGCCGAGGCGCACCGCGGCUCGAUGACGGUGCGCUGCGAGGUGUGCCGCAAGUGCUUCGAGGACGAGGCCGAGCUGGCCCGGCACGACGCGUCGCACUCGGCGGACGAGCGCGCCGGGCGCUGCUCCGUGUGCGGCGCGCAAUUCCCGCGUUACGAGCAGCUGCGGCGCCACGCGAGCACCGCGCACCCGGCGCCGGCGCGUCUGCCGCACGCGUGCGCGCAGUGUGGCAAGCGCUUCUCGCACGCGCACUCGCUCACGCGCCACACGCACAACCACGCCAAGCAGCUCUACCGCUGCGUCGUCUGCAAGGCCUCGUUCGCGCGCGCGGACCAGCUCGCCCAGCAUUUGAACAGUCACCUCGCCAACUACAAGCGCCUCAAGCGAUAGGCCGCCGCCCCUCUCGAAUGUCGCGACUCGCUGAGAUCCUACGGUACGGUAUUUCGUGUCGUUUCUAGUCUAAUUCGUGAACCUUUUCUGUUUCGACUUCUCCGUCGGUGUGUCAUGAGUAUCCUUCGGUUCUAUUUAACCAAAAAAUUAAUAAAAUAUAUUUUUAGACUUCUUCGACAUUUUUAUCGAAUAUUACUGAAUAUAUAUUCCCACUCGAUUGUAAAGGAUGUUUUAGCUUUAUUGGAAUUGCACAUUAUGUUACCGAUUAAACCAAACGUUUGUCAAUAUUAAAAUGUAAAUUAACCGAGUUUAAAAGGAUCUUUAUCUUCGAUCCGUCCUUCGGGAUCUUAGCGCUUCGUGACACCUGUAUAGUGUAUGUUUCGUGCGUUUUCCAAAGUCGUGUCGAUCCCGAUUAUUUACAAAUGUAUUUAUUUCGACGGCGAACGUGUAUACAGGGUGAAUUAAUUUUAUUGUUUGUGCUGAAUAGGAAGCGGAUUUGAAAAACGCAUAGACAUUUAUAGAUUAUGAUGUUUAAAGUUUUAGUGUAAGUACGUGUUAUUAAGCUGUUACAUAGGCGGGUUAUAAAUGGGCAGAUUUAGGCCUUUUUAGACAUUUCUAAGUUUCGACUAUACAGGCUGUCUCUAUUACGGAUUUCAUCUCUAUAUAAAAAUGCCUAGAAAUUUCAUAUCAAUAUCUCGGCUUCUUCCUUAACUACGCUAUCGAGUUUGUUAUGUUAAAAUCGACCACCUGUAUAGUCCAAAUGUUACGGUGAGAUAGUGAAAUUGGAAUAUGUGAAAUGUUCCUUAAUGCAACACGACUGAUAUUCGUUUGUUACACAGACGCGUAAACAAAAUUGUAUGUCAUUGUGAUGUGUCUGUCAUACGGCAAGAAUUAUUGUCAGAUUCUUGAAGGCCGGCGAGACGAAAGAUAUCGGUAGCAAUAAAGUUACCGAUCUUUGCGCUAAAGGCUUCGAACAGUCUAAACCGAUGAUAAAUGUUCGUUAUAUUUAGAUAUUAGACCCUAAGUGUGUACGAUGACCAAAGUGAGCCUUGUCUAACACCAAGUUUUAUAGAAAUAGUAAAUUACAUAGAAUUGUCAGUUUCACUAUCUCACUCUUAGAUUAAGUCACACGACGCGACGUUUUUAGCUUAUUCGGUGUUCGCCUGGAAACGAAUGCGAACUGUAACAUCAUUUGUAGUUAGGCAAAUGUGUAUUAGUGAAAUGCGGGAAAAAUACAGGCCUGACGCCUUCGUUCGUAUACGUACGAAAUCAGCUCACGAACGCAUCUAUUUUCCAUACAACUGUAUCUCUAAAGUGUUCUACCUAUUUCUAUCGUGAAAUGUGUCCGACACGGGACGCUGAUCGUCUACCACCACAGCCAAGAUCACCGACAGAUCAUGACCAAUACAGACAAGUUUAACCAAUAGAAAUUCGUUCCUUUCUUCAUAUUCAGGUCUGUAGCCUUGAAAUAUUACAGAAAUUAUAUGUAUUGUAUAUAUAAAAUAUAUCGAAUUAUGUUACGGUACGCGAUCGCUUUUGGGAACUCAACUCGGCUAUUGACGAUAACAAAAAAUCAACUGUCACAAAUAACGGCCACAAAUUGGUCAAAUGUUAUUUGGGAUCCUGACAUCACUGUAAGUCACAUGGGAUCCUGACGUCUUAUGAAUGAAAUGGGAAAUGAUCCCACCAUUUACAUAUCUUGUACAUUGUGGCAGUAGCCGGGUUGGGCCUUCGGAAUAUCGACACACCAGUCCCAUGAAGUUGGCGAUUUUAUAUGGGAUAUCCUUUGCAAGUAGAUAGAGAACGGGAUGCGAGAGCGUAUUUAGAUUUUUGAAGUGCCUUGCACUGAUUUUACACUGAUUUCGUGACUCGCUCGCGUCAGUCGACAUGCGUAAGGAACUUUGUAUGUAGAUUUCUAUUGAUUUUAUCCAAAGACUUUGCAAAAAAGAGAACGUCGCAACUUUUUAAAUAUAAUAUAUAGAGUCCGAAGUAUAUUUACAUACGUGCGUGUACGUGCAACUCGCGCGUUCGAAUCGCGUACGACUGGAGAAUCGAUCGGUGCUUUACGCACGAAAAGUAUCGAAGAUCGAGUUCAAUGGUGCGGACGUUGUCUCAAAAUAGGGCGGGAGGUGUUUGGUCUCAAUUUUUACAAAUGUAUGAAAAGGGACAGAAAAUGUGUAUAUGUAUUAUGGAUAUCGAAUCAUUGUUAGCCGAGUGCUAUGUGGAGGAGAAAUUGAUGUAUUUAAAUAUAAUUUCAUUGUUAUAUAAUCUUUAAAGUAAUUUUAUAGUUAUGAAUUAUUUUAGAAUAAGUUUACGCGUACGCUGCGCGGCAAGUGUGUCGAGACGCCGCGAUCAAAAGAAUCCCGAACGCCUUGGCAAACAUAUUUUUUGCAUUUUUUAUACUGGGCUUCACCGAUUCGGGCGUCUCGAAACAUUUACCCCGAAGCGUGGUUAGAUCUAAGCUUUGUUAUUAUAGAGUACGUUCUCGCAGAUGUUCCCGCUGAAAAGUGGAUUUUUGAUUUGACGGGUCUGAUAUAAUUUAUUUUUACAUAAUUUUUAUAAUAUGUCUUUAAACAGAAUUUUGAUAUAUGUUUGAGAAUUAAUUCUAUCGACAUCUAUUAUAUAUUAUAUAUAUAUAUUCGAUUGAUAGACACCGCGGGAAUAUCCUUCUAUUUUUGUUGCCGCGAAGUGUAUUUUUAUUUUACAAAUCUAAAUACGCUCUGUGGGGCGAUUGGCGCGCGGGAACGGCGCGAUUUUGUCGCGUUUUUCUCGAAGUAACGGGUGGAGUGCAAGUCGAGUUUUUUCACAGACACAAUAUUAUUAAUAUUAUAUUAAAUAUAGAGUUUUAU